UUUUUAUCCCUAGCUGGGAAACUAAAUUCAUUAUAGAUAACAAAACAAAGUACUUUGUUUAUAUUUUAAUACCUACUUGUGUGCAGAUUUAUUGUUGAUGUAUUGAAGUGUUUUUAUUCGAAUAUAUUUUUCCCGCUCUUUAUGAGCGUACCCGCCCUAAUAUUUGGCGCCUUAUUUCAGAAAAUGGAAAACGCGCCAGAGAAAACUUGAACAAAAAGUCUUUAGUGUGUUUACAUUUAGACAGUGACUGAAAGAAUUCAGCUUUGAGUUUUCGAAUUGAGUUAAAAGGAAAUAUUAAAAAUGAUUUCGGAGGACGCGGAAGAUCAGUUAUUCAAAAAACACGCAGAUCUUUGCAAUAAACUGAAUUUAGAUAGCAAAUCAGUAACAGAAUCAUGGGAGAGUUUCAGAACUUUGAACCAAAAGUUUUCUCUAGAGGGCGAUCCUCUACAUUGGCUGGGAUGUGCAGUAUUUGUAGCUUGCAGAAAAAGCAUCACCCCUACUGUUGGAAGUAGCGAUAUUGAGGGUAACUGUGUUAGUCUCACUAGUUUACUGCGUUAUUGCAAUCUCAAUUUGAUCCAAUUCUUUUGUAAUAUACGUCGAUGGUCAGAUAUGAAUCACCUGGCCGAAGAAUUUAGAAAAAAAAUAGAUGCAUUAGAGGAAUCCUUUUCUGUCACCUGUAAUGUUUUCAAGGAAUACUGCAUGAUUUUUCCUAAAAUAUUCAAAGCACCAGAACUAUCGGAUAUGGAAAUUCCAAAACAGCAUAGAAACAGGAAACAGAAGUCGGUGCAGUGCACACCUGCAAAAAUAUUUGAGUUUAUUUGGAAUCUCUACAUCACAAUAAGAGGGGAAGAUUCUAGUUAUAGUAAUGACCUAGUGCAAUCCUACCAUUUACUUUUGGGAAUAUGUGAUUUAGCAUUCAAAAAUGCUUUCUUGACUGAUAGAAGAGACCUACUGAACCCACAGUUUUCAGGACUACCAUCAGAUUGGAUGAGCCCUGAUUUCACAUGCCCAGAUGAAGUCCCAUCUAUAAUAGAUAAAAUAAUUACUAACUCUUCAAACUCUCUAGAUGCCAAGUAUGUUGAGAAAUAUCAUUGCAGGAGUAUUUUAUCAACAUUCUUUAAAAAUGAGAUACUUUGUGGCAAUGAACAAAAUUUCAUUGGAUUAUUCGAUCCACAAGUGUUUGAAUCAAAUUUUAAAGCAAUAAAGAAGGCAUACGAAACACAACUGUUGAGUAAUGGUGGAUUUGACGAAAGAAUAUUUCUAGCAGAAUAUCGAAGAAGGAUCUUAGAGAAGGAGCGUGAAACUCAAAAUAGCUUGGGAACUCCUCCACAUUCAGAGUCUGGGGACGAGCUACCAGCUGAUUCACCUGGGCAACCUCACAGUUUUGGAACAGUUUCCACCCGAAUUUGUGAUACACCUCUGACAGGGAGACGCUUUCUUAGUCCCCGAGAUGGGAAAGAAGUGAGUUCUGUAGUAUCUGCUUCUCACAAUAUAGCUCGACUACAAGUGAUAUUAAGUGGACGAUUAUCACAACCCAGCGAUGCUUUGAGAAGAAUUUUUCAAUCGUCUUGUGUGUCUCCUGCAGCAAAAAUUGCUGAAAUUGUCACUCGUUUAGGCAACAAGUUCAUAAAUAAUUUUGUUCAGCCUAAAAAUUCUGUUAAUGUGGAGGAACAGAACGAAUAUGCUAGGAACAAACUGCUGACAGGAACUAAACUCUUCUAUAAACUGAUAGAAGGCAUUUUGGAACAUGAAAAAACAAUCAACAAAGAUAUUUCGGUUUUAGUUCAGAAAGAUCUCUUCUAUGAAUGCGUAUUUGCUUGCUCGAUGGAAAUAGUUCUCCAUUGUUACAAUAGUCCACCGAAAUUUCCUUGGAUUUUAACAGCUCUGGAUAUAGAUGCUUGCGAUUUUGUGAAGAUCAUUGAACUUAUUGUCAGGUCAAAAGAUCCUUUUCACAGAGACACCAUUAAACAUUUAAAUAAGAUUGAAGAAACAAUAUUAGAGUCACUCGCCUGGAAAUCUACCAGCAAUCUGUGGAAUUUGAUUAAGCAGUGUGAACAGGGUAUACCCAAAGAGGAGGAAGUGGCAUUGCCAAGUCAAGUGGUUACCGUUAAACCUCAAUUAGACAUCAAACCGCCUAUCGUUAAUGAAGAACCUAAAACACCUAAGUCGCCUGGUCCCUCUGCUACUGAGCAUUUCCAAUCACCAGUCCAGAUUAGUGUCAAUAGACAAUUAUUUCCUGGGACAAAAUCAACAUCCCCAAAAUCAUCAGCCAAUAGUGACUGUAAGAACAAUUCAACGGAGGAAAUAUCAAAUGAAGUAGUGAUUCCACCAGCCAAACCAAAAAGGACCGGAGGUUUAUCAAUCUUCUUCAGAAAGUUCUACAACUUAGCUGCAGUGAGAAUGAAACAUCUUUGCACCCAGUUGAAUAUCAAUGAUAAUGAAUUGAAAAGAAAAAUUUGGACAGUUUUCGAAGUUUCCAUACAGAAGAAAGCAGAAUCGUUGCUAAAAGAUAGACAUCUUGAUCAACUAUUAAUGUGUGCUGUCUACGUUAUUCCAAAAGUUCUGCAGAAACCUCAAACUUUUAUGGAAAUCAUGAAAUGUUAUAGACUGCAACCUCAAGCUGACAGUUAUAUUUAUAGAGAUGUUCUGCUAGAAAAUAAAAGUACCAAAGUUAUUGAUGGUUUGUGCAAAGAAAUACCAGAAAGAAGAGGUGACUUGAUUGAAUUCUAUAAUUCGGUAUAUGUUUUUGAAAUGAAGGACUUCACUAUGAAGUUUGCCAAUGGCACUCAGCCUUGUAAUAUUUUGGUUAGUCCUUUACCUGUGCCUUCAGGUAGGAGGUGCCUGAUUUCUCCUAGUGUUCAGAUCAUCAAAAAUGUAUUUGUGAAGCCCUUAGAUAGCCCUGUAAUUCAGAAUCCUACUGUUCGCAGUUACAGUUACUUCUUCAGCAGGAGUCCCUCGAAGGAUCUGAAGGACAUCAAUAAAGCUAUAAAUAAUAAUGGCUUAAAUGUCAAUGGCAAACGGCUCCUUAUUGAUGGGGAUGAAUUGCCAAGCACUAAGAAAAUUGCAACCAGGAAGGUUCAGUCCCUUUUGGAAGAAAGACGUAGACAGUACUAAGAAUUAGUUUUUCAUUUUAUCUUAUCAUCCAUUAUUUUCGAAAUUUUUUAUUUGAAACUUGAUUCUAAAAUCUCUCUUGUAAUCUUUACCAGUAGACUGAAUUUGUCUUUCUAAGAAAAUAAGAUUGAAAUGAAGAGUAAUUUAGAUAAUCAAUUCUUGAAUUCCACUCAUUCAUAUAGUACCACAAGAUUUAGUAUAUUAGUGUUUUAUCUUCACAGCGUUGAUCUCAGCUAUGGUAUAUUUUUAAUUUAUUAAUUAAAUGCAAUUGUAAAUUUUAUUAAUUUAUUUUCAUGUAUUACCCCAAUCACUGAAAAAUACAACCAAAUGUUCAUUUUUUUUAACCACAAUGAUAUUCUUAGCUGACUAGUCUUACCUUUAUUUCACAUUCUAAGGAAAAGAGAAUUUUCUUUAAUAGCUCUUUAAUAUGAAGCUAGUAGGGUCCUAUUGUCUUAAACCACUGACAUUACUACUAUAAUUAAUGGAAUGUUUAUGUUAUGAUUUGUUGCCUUAUUUAUGGGUUCAAAUAAUGCACUGGUAUAAGUUGUUGAGAAAUAAAAUAUUUUUAAAUGUA